UAUCUUGGAUAUUGAUUAAGCUGAGUUACUGUACAAAGAAGCUUUUUUUUUAAUUCUACUUGGAAUCAAACAUCAAAAGCGAGAAACUUUUAGAUGUCCCGCCUUUGGAUUAGAGUUUUUUCAGCUGUUUCUAGCUUUUGUCUCUCUCUCUCUCUCUCUCACGUAUCAGUUGCGUUGAGAACUGAAGGACCUAAGGAUCUUUAUGAGGUGAUCUUUAGCUUAGAGCUGUUUGGUUUGAUCUCUUGGGAUAUUGAUAAAGCAGAGUGACUGUACAAAGGUGGUUUUUUACACUAUUUACUUGGAAUCUAACAUCAAAAGUGAGAAAUUUUCAAUGUCUCUCAUUUGGAUUAGAGCCUCUUUUCAGCUGUGUUUCUAGCUCUGUGUCUCUCACACAUCGCUAGAGCGCUUAAGCUGAGUUCUAUUCUUCAGUUGCUUUGUGGACCUAGAGCACCUAACUUAAAGCUUAAUUCUUGCUGAAGGCUCAUUAAGGCCUUUGACAAUCGUUUUCUUCAAGUACAAUACUUGGUUUCUUAUUAUUGCCUAUUGGUUUGUCAUGUAAAAAAACCUCUUUGCUUUCCCAAGGGUUUUGAAAUGAUUAGCUAGAAGAUUAAGGGCACUCUGACCUUACUUUAGAUUAUAAUAACUAUACACUUUGAGGCCCUUAAUGCGACUGAUUAGGUGAAGUCAUUACUAUGUUCCUUUAGUGCUUCUUCCACUACUUUCUAUGUGGAUUUUCUUUGAUCCUCCGGACAUUUCAAUUGCUAUAAAUCUCAGGCUCCACAAUGAGUAUAUGCAUAUACAAUCUUCUUCAAGAAUGGAUACCUACGUUUUAUCUCGCCUUCUCGUCCUAGUUCUCUGCAUCUACAGCCUUAAAACCGCGGUCCAUGGAGCUGGAGAAUGCGGGAGGAACCCUCCGGAUAGAGAAGCCAUAAAGCUGGCUCCUUGCGCAAUGGCUGCACAAGACAAGUCUGCUAAAGUGUCGGCAACUUGCUGUGUUCGAAUUAGACAAAUGGGGAAGAACCCCAAAUGUCUUUGCGCUGUCAUGCUCUCCUCUACGGCUAGAAACUCUGGAGCAAAGCCAGAGAUCUCAAUGACCAUUCCUAAACGCUGCAACAUCGCUGAUCGCCCCAUCGGUUACAAAUGUGGAGCUUAUUCUCUGCCUUGAUGUAGCCGACAGAGAGCAAUAAACAUACUUUGAAACCAGUCUAAAAUCAUGUGUAUUACUUGGUUUCAGUAAUAAAAUUUGAUCAAACACGAUUGUUGGUCAUGAAAAUAUAACUUGUUACUAA